AUCAUUUCUGAUUUAUUCAGAUCGCUAAUGGCUUCGUCGUCCAAUGGACAGUAAGAAAGGCUAUGCGUCGGCGAUCGGCGCCGGAAUCAGCGCCGCUCUUGCCGCCGUUGCAGCCAAGUUCUUCUCCUCCCAGGUUCUUAAAUAUGGCAUGGUUGUACUUUGCAACGUGAUAAUGUGGGGUUGCUAUGUUAAUAGCCUAAAAGCUCUCUCGUCGCUACAAGCUACUGUAACGAACUUUGCGACCAAUUUCCUUUCCUCCGGCUUGGCUGGAUUUUUGCUUUUCAAGGAACCUUUACCACUACAGUGGUUUGUCGGUGCUGCACUUAUCGUCGCUGGAGUAUUUGUUAUGACCAAAUCAAGCAUAGAGAGCAAAACACAUACAAGCUAGGUGUCUGCCACCGCGGUUUUGUAUUCCUUUAUGCAACCCUAACAGUUCACUUUUGAAGGCAUGAUUCCCAGAAUCAGAUGCUCAACUUCACCCCAAAAUUUUGCUGGUUAAAGAAACACAUCCAACCAUAGAUUGAUUGGAUGAUAUUUGCUAAGAUUAUUGAGCAUCCCCUUUGUGUAAUUCUCAAUGUAAUCUUUUCAUUAUUAUGAUUAUCCAUAUAUUUAUUUAGUGCUUAGAGCUUAUUUACACUCUCUUUGUUGCUUGCAAGGAGUUUGAGUUGUAUUGUAUACUAUAUGUUUAUCUAUAUUAAAAUCCAUGUAGAAUAGAUUAAGCAUCAGCCACAUUUUGUUUACCUCAUUUUCUUGAAAAUGUCAAGGUUCACAAAAUGGUAAUGAUUAUUUAUUCAUUGUUAAA